AAAACUACUAUCAUUAUUUAUCUCUUCUAUCUUUAAUUUUUCUAAAACUACUCACUUAUAUAACACACAUAAUGGAAGAUAUUGGUUUGGCGCUCGCCGACUUUGUCAGCAACAUGGAGAACGUACCCUCCGAGAUCAGCCACUUACUUUCAGAAAUAACCGAUCUUGACGAUAAAUUUGAAGAAGCCACGAGCCGUGCCUACCAAACCGAACGCACGCUUCAAAAAGAGCUUAAAGACUCUGCCACCAAAGAAUCCUCUGGAGCAGGAACAGGACUUUUUAUUCCGCUUGAGCGCGAAACACAUCUCUUGGACGAAAUUGACAAAAAUCAAGAUAUAGCCAAAUCACUAUGCCAAGAGAAAUCACGACUAACCAAAAAGGCCUUGACUAUUGUUCAGAGACAUUUGGCCAAGUUAGAUACUGAAAUAAGACAUUUUGAUAAAACUCCAUUUGACCAAGGUGGUGUUGGUGGCGGCGGGGGGAGGAGGGGGAAUAUUUAUGGCUCGGUGACGCCGAUGGGUGGUACUGUGGGGAUACAGGAUGGGGAGCUGUCAUCGUUUAGGAUGCAUGCUCCGAAGAGGGUCGGGGAUUCGGUUUCAUCAUUGGGGCUUGAUGGCAAUGGCAGCGGUGGUAUGGUUUCUGCUGGGGCAGGUGGGGUUGGGUCUGGUGCUGGCCCUGUUCCCAAGCGCCGCCAUCAUCAGUCCUCGAAUAACGGUGGCAGCUCAUCCGGAUUGUCCACUGGUGGUGCUGCUAGCGCUGGCACUGGCACCGGUACCGGUAGUAGUAGGCCAGUGCAGAGACAUAAGAAGCAGAUGAAGUUGGCAAACUCGGUUCUUUCUCUGGACGGUAUCGAGGUGGAUUCUGGUGGCGCUGCGGGCGCUGGUGGGAUUGAGGAAUCAGACGACCAGCUGUAUUGCUUUUGUCAGCAGGUUUCGUACGGCGAUAUGGUUGCUUGCGAUGGUCCUAACUGCAGGUACGAGUGGUUCCAUUGGGAGUGCGUUGGUCUUACGUCUCCGCCUAAGGGAUCGUGGUACUGCAGCGACUGCCUUGCCAAGCUUCUCGAGGAGGACGCCGAGUGAUACGGAAUUUUGGUAAACGGUCUAUUGUUUACGUUUUAAGCAAUCGAGAAAAACAAAAAACAAAAACAAACUAUUUUAUUUAUUUUCAUAAUAUGAUAUAUGAUAUGAUGUGA